GUAAACAGAGACGUCCAAUGCGUGAGGUGCUAAUAAAAAGAAAGGUCGAAGUCUUAUCAAAAAAUAGUGGAAUGCAGCGGGACGCGUUAUCAAUGAGCGUCACCGAAGCUGCCUAUAGCAGGAUGAGCUUGAGCUGGCCCCAGCGAUCUCUAAAUUUGAGCACCUCCUUCGCAGCAGCGAUUGAAAGGCAAAACCUGUAGUCACCGCAAGAGUCAUGUGAUCGCGACCCCCAAUUGAGAAGCCUUGCAAAGUUUUUAGGUAACGCUUGAGCGACGGACCAUUGAGUCGUCGUCGAUCGCCUCUAUUGGAACCAAGCAGGAAGGAGGGCCAGAGACGCGAAGAUGUGGUGCUCAAGGAUUUGUGGCCAGUGGCGCCUCUGGAUCCAGCCAGUGAUCAUGAUCCUCUACGCCGUCAUCCUGAUCGUCGUCAUUCCUUUGAUAGUCAAUAAAAGCAUCAACAAUGGUUUUUCCGCCACUGAUCAGGGCAUUAUUAUUGGUGGUGUGUUUGUGAUGAUGGCGUUGCCGAUCUCCUUCUGGGACAUUACACAGCACCUGGCGCACUUUACCAAGCCGUACCUGCAGAAGCACAUAGUACGAAUCCUGUGGAUGGUUCCGAUCUACGCGGUGAACGCUUGGAUCGGACUCGCCCUUCCGUCCGCCUCCAUCUACUUCGACAGUAUUCGAGAAUGUUACGAGGCCUAUGUGAUCUACAACUUCAUGAGGUACCUGCUCAACUACCUCCAAAACGAAAUCGUCGACUACGAGAUGUCCCUCCACAAUAAAAUUGAGGUGCACCACAUGUUCCCAUUGUGCUUCUUGGCGCCCCGAGAGAACGGCCCUGAUCUCUUCCACUUCUGCAAACACGGCAUCCUGCAGUACGUCAUUGUGCGGCCGCUGUCCACCUUUGUCUCGUUCAUCUGCGAGAUCAACAACGUGUAUGGCGAAGGAGUUUUCACGGCCACCGUCGCCUGGCCCUACAUCAUGCUGGUCAACAACUUUUCCCAGUUUGUCGCCAUGUACUGUCUAGUGCUAUUUUACCGCGCCAAUCGGGCCGAACUUGCACCCAUGCGACCCCUGGGAAAAUUCCUCUGCAUCAAGGCUGUUGUUUUCUUCUCAUUUUUCCAGGGUGUGAUCAUCACAAUUCUGGUGUAUUUUGGCGUAAUCGCCGCCAUCUUUGGCACAACCGACACGGAAAGCACCAAGGAUGUGUCAUCCAACAUCCAGAACUUCUUGAUCUGCAUCGAGAUGUUCCUGGCCGCCAUUGCCCACCACUUCACCUUUUCGCACACGCCCUUCAUUGAUCCUGAGAGCGAGCACCGUUCGUGCUGCGAGUCCUUCCUGCACAUGUGGGACGUGUCCGACGUGCAGCAGGACAUUCAGGAGCACUUUGGCGUGGUGGGCAGUUCGCUGAGCAGGAGGAUUCGGGGCCAGUCGUCCUACCAGGCCAUCGCCACAGUGGACGCCGACGAAAGGUCAAAGUUGAUUUACUCGUCGGCAAGUGAUUCCGAGUCGGGCAGCCUGAGAUCAAGUUACACGGUGGCCUCGAGCACAACGGAGGAACCGGCUGUGCCAUAUUAUCACAGUUUAGCAUGAGAUGUUUGCUGACAAAGACUUUGUUAGCUCAAGCAGCCAAGAUGAAGCCAGCGAGCUGCAAACGCGCCUUUUACGAGCCGACGGGGCUUUGAAAGUGACUGACAUGGACACUGAAGUGCCAAACACCGACCAGGACGACCUUGAGGAAGACGUCGAGCUUCUGAGUGUGGACCUAUUGAGAAACUGUGUCUUAUCUGUGGGCAGUGAGGAAUCAAAUGAGGUCAAGGUUCACAACCGCAAUGUGCUCAGUAGAUUGUGGCACUUCUUCAAAGUGACGUUUUGCUUAUGCUACUCGAGCAGAUCCAUGUGAUCAGCUCUACAGAGCAAAACUUUGCAGUUGAAUAAUGAGUUUAUUUUUUGCAACUUUUUCGGCAAGUGUACGAAUAAUAUUCACUAACAUUCUUCUCUACAUUUAACUUACAUAGAUUUUCCACGAUAUUUUGUGAUUUUGAAAUUGUAUCAAAAAUUUAGUCUGAAAUUUCUAAUUCAUCACUCCUGAAUCGGAUAAAUUGGAUAUUUCCUCUUUAUUUGUGCUGACUGAUUCUGCAUUGUCGUAUUAUUUUCUGUUGUACGUAUUAAAAUUUUUACUCUUGAUCAUGCGCUAAUCAAUAAAACAAAACUUUAUAUAUUUAUUGUAA